AUGUCUACCCCCGCCCCCACCCAAAAGACCAUCACUAUCGGCACCCGCAAGUCUAAACUGGCUCUGCUCCAAACAAACCUGGUCCUCGACGCAUUGAAGAAGGCAUUCCCCCAAUAUGAAUAUAAGAUCUUCUCCAAGGAGACAGCCGGUGACCUGAACACCACUAUCGCACUGCGCGAUUUCACUACCAAGAACCUGUGGACGGAAGAAUUGGAGGAAUUGAUGAUUGGCGGGCAGGUCGAUGUUAUCGUGCACUCGUUGAAAGAUGUCCCCACUACUCUCCCCUCUUCCUGCAAGCUAGGCCCGAGCAUGCCCCGCGAAGAUAGCAGGGAUGUUCUCGUGGUGAAACAAGGUUUGCCAUACAAGAGUCUGUCCGAGAUCCCCGCCGGCUCCGUGGUUGGAACCUCGUCCAUCCGCCGCACCGCCCAAUUAGCCCGGAAAUACCCCCACCUUAAGGUCCAGGAUGUCCGUGGCAACAUCGGCACUCGCCUAUCAAAGCUAGACGCCGAAGAUAGCCCUUACGCCUGUGUCAUCCUUGCCGCUGCUGGUCUGUUGCGUCUUGAUUUAGAGGAUCGUAUCACCCAAUAUCUGGACUCCAAGAACAGCGGCAUGCUCUAUGCCGUCGGGCAGGGUGCCCUUGGGAUCGAAAUUCGCAAGGAAGACACUGUUCUGCAAGAUAUGUUGGACACAAUUGGUCACCAGGAUACCACAUUCUCGGUUUUGGCCGAGCGGAGUCUUUUGCGGACUCUUGAGGGAGGCUGCAGUGCCCCGCUGGGCGUUGAAACUGAAUGGGUCCAAAAUAUGCAGGGUGCUAAGCAGUUGCGAAUGCGGUCUGUUGUUGUCAGUGUCGAUGGCAAAGAAUGUGCCCAGGUAGAAUUGGAAGCCGAUGUCACCUCUGCUGAAAGUGCUGAGGCCUUCGGUAUUACCGUAGCCAAGGCCCUGGUGGCUGACGGCGCAGGGGACAUUCUCGAGACUAUCCAGCAGAACAAGGCCAAGGAGAGCGUUUCUACUGCAGUCUAA